AUGCCUGUGCUCAGAGAUGAUCUAAAGGUGAGACUGUCGCUGGAAUAGGCUCGGAUGCGGCGAAACUCGCGCGAUAGAUCACGUAAAAACAUCUGUCAGAAAAAGCGAUGACAGCCAUCGAUACAAGUUCACCAAACACGAGACAUAACCUAAACCUAGAAAUUUGAAGAUCGGGCUAAGCAUUACGUAGAACGUAAUUUUCUUAAUUAAGCGAAAAUGACUGCGACUGGUGGCAAGAAGCGUAAAGUUUCUAAAAAGAACAAGAAAGCAUGGCGUAAAUAUGUGGAUAUGGGUGACGUUGACAAAUUCUUGGAAAAUACCCGGCUAGAGGAGAGGUUAGGUUCGUUUGCUGCUCGCGAGAAUUCAGAAUUGUUCGUUAUUUCUGCGACAAGACCAGUGCUUUCAAAGAAACAACGUAGGGAAUUAUUGAAAUCAAAGGAACCAAAGUGCUUUAGCAUUUUGAAACCUCACACGGCUGUCCCAGAUCCAAUAUCGAAAAGAAAUCGCGUAAGGACCAGAGAAGAAAGAAGAGAUUCCCGAUUGCGAACCAAAGAACAGAGGAGAAAUGCACAGAUUUUAAAAAAGAGAGCUAUCCAAACAUCCCAGGAAUUGCAAAAUAAUAACAACAACGUAAAAACAAAAUAAUUAUAUACCUUGUACGAUAAUUUUACAUUUCUGUAUUUCAACUUGUGAUAGAACUGAAAUUAUAAUUUAUUUUUUACUGAACUUGUAAUAAUAUGUUGUUAAAAGCAAUGACAACGAUAAAUGGAAUAAAACACAUUUUGUAACCUAUAGAUAUUGAGAAUUAUUUAACUCAA